AUGAGACCCACAGGACGGGCUGCUGCUGCUUCUGCUGCAAGAGACGGGGCGGGGACGUGGGAGGCAGGCUCACGCUGAGAGCACUUCGGGUCAAGCUGCUCCAUUGCCCCUCUUGGUAGGAUCUGCCUGUCCGUGCUCAGCAAGCCCCCGCCGUCCGCCUCUGCCGCGCAAACCAGUUUAAUUUAGGACUCAAAAUUUUGGAAAUAAAAUAUACAUGGCACAGAACUUAAAGUUUCUUCAGACAAUUUUAAUUCUGCUACUUCAGGAUUACAUCUCGGCUGAAGAUGGUGAAAUAAGAGCAAGUUGCAGAACUGCUCCAGCGGAUUUAGUUUUCAUCUUAGAUGGCUCCUACAGUGUUGGCCCAGAAAACUUUGAAAUUAUCAAAAGGUGGCUUGUCAAUAUUACAAGAAAUUUUGACAUAGGGCCAAAGUUUAUUCAAGUUGGAGUAGUCCAGUACAGUGAUUACCCUGUACUUGAAAUCCCACUAGGAACUCAUGAUUCUACUGAAAAUCUAAUCAGAGAAAUGGAAUUCAUACAAUAUUUAGGUGGAAAUACGAGAACAGGAAGAGCUAUACAGUUUUCGAUUGACCACCUUUUUGCUAAAUCCUCAAGAUUUCUAACUAAAAUAGCUGUUGUUCUCACUGAUGGCAAGUCCCAAGAUGAAGUCAAAGAUGCAGCAGCAGAAGCAAGAAAAAACAAAAUCACUUUGUUUGCUAUUGGUGUUGGCUCAGAAAUUGAGGAGGAUGAACUUAGAGCUAUUGCCAACAAGCCUUCAUCAACUUACGUAUUUUACGUUGAAGAUUAUAUUGCAAUAUCCAGAAUAAGAGAAGUAAUAAAGCAGAAACUCUGUGAAGAAUCUGUUUGUCCAACAAGAAUUCCAGUGGCAGCUCGAGAUGAAAAAGGAUUUGAUAUUCUUCUAGGAUUAGGUGUGAAGAAAAAGGUUAAAAAGAGAAUUCAAAUCCCAUCUUCUAAUGCAAAAGCUUAUGAAAUAACAUCAAACGUUGACUUGUCAGAAUUUACAAGGAAUGUGUUUCCAGAAGGUCUUCCUCCAUCAUAUGUGUUCGUCUCCACGCAGAGGUUUAAGGUCAGAAAGACAUGGGAUUUGUGGAGGAUUCUAAGCCUGGAUGGGAGGCCGCAAAUAACAGUUACUGUAAAUGGGGAAGAUAAAACAUUAUCCUUUACUACAACAAGCUUAGUAAAUGGAACUCAGGUUGUCACUUUCACUGCACCUCAUGUAAAGACAUUGUUUGACGAAGGCUGGCAUCAGAUUCGUCUCUUGGUAACAGAAGCACAUGUAACUUUGUAUAUAGAUGAUCAAGAAACUGAAAUGAAGCCAUUACAUCCUGUUUUAGGUAUCUACAUCAGUGGACUAACCCAAAUAGGGAAAUACCCUGGGAAAGAGGAAACUGUACAGUUUGAUGUCCAGAAACUAAGAAUCUACUGUGACCCAGAACAAAACAACCGAGAAACAGCUUGUGAAAUCCCGGGAUUUAAUGGAGAGUGUAUGAAUGGCCCUAGUGAUGUAGGCUCCACACCUUCUCCUUGUAUAUGUCCUCCAGGAAAACAAGGGCCUCCAGGCCCAAAAGGAGACCCUGGACAACCUGGGAAUCAUGGUUAUCCUGGACAGCCUGGUCCAGAUGGUAAGCCUGGAUAUCAAGGAAUAGCAGGAACUCCAGGUGUUCCAGGAUCCCCAGGGAUUCAAGGGCCCCGUGGCUUACAAGGUAUCAAGGGAGAGGCAGGGAGAGAUGGUGCAAAGGGUGAGCGUGGAUUUCCUGGUUUUCCUGGAUUACAUGGGAUGCCAGCAUCAAAGGGUGAAAGGGGUCCUAAGGGAGAUCAAGGACCACCAGGAAUUUACGGAAAAAAGGGUGCUAAAGGGGAAAAAGGUGAUCCAGGUUUUCCAGGAAUGCCAGGACGAUCUGGGGAACCUGGGAGAAAUGGGAAGGAUGGAUUACCUGGAAGCCCUGGCUUUAAGGGAGAAGUUGGGAAGCCUGGUUCUACAGGAACAGAAGGACAUCGGGGAGAUCCUGGAAUUCCUGGAAUCCCUGGAAGUCAUGGAACAAAAGGACAAAAGGGUGAAAUCGGACCUCCAGGGCAACCAGGAGCAAAAGGAUCACCAGGGGCCGCUGGAGUGAUGGGACCUGCGGGAUCAUCUGGCCGACCUGGAACAUCUGGGUCUAAGGGCUAUAAGGGUGAACCUGGAGUACAAGGGAAACCAGGAUCAUCAGGAGUCAAGGGAGAACAAGGAGGACCAGGUACUCCAGGUGAACCAGGGUACCCAGGCAUGCCUGGGACACAGGGUGUAAAGGGGGAAAAAGGAAACCAAGGUGAAAGAGGUAUCCAGGGACAAAAGGGAGAAGGAGGAAGACCAGGGACUCCAGGCCAACAGGGAGCAAAUGGAUUGAAUGGAGCAAAUGGAGAGAAAGGUGAGAAAGGAGAUCCUGGCAUUAGAGGCCUCAAUGGACAAAAAGGAGAAUCUGGUGUUAAUGGUUUGGUUGGACCUUCUGGUCCGAGAGGACAACAGGGAGACAGAGGGCACCCAGGGCCACCUGGAGCAGAUGGAAAACCAGGAAGGGAAUUUUCAGAAGAAUUUAUUCGGCAGGUUUGCGCAGAUGUACUGAGAACCCAGUUGCCUGUUAUCCUUCGGAGUGGAAGGCUACAAAACUGCAAUCAUUGUCAAUCCCAAAGUGCUUCUCCAGGACUUCCUGGUCCACCGGGUCCAAUAGGACCAGAAGGUCCCAGAGGUUUUUCUGGAUUACCAGGAAAUGAUGGUGUUCCAGGUCUUCCAGGAGCUCCUGGGAGUCCUGGUGCCCGUGGGGCAAAAGGGCUACCAGGAAAAAAUGGAGAAAAGGGCAGCCAAGGAACUGGGGUUCCUGGAAUACAAGGCCCCCCUGGCCCUCCAGGUCGUGAAGGUCCACCUGGAAUGAGUAAAGAGGGACGUCCUGGAGAAUCUGGGCAGCCUGGUAAAGAUGGAGAUCGUGGAAAUCCUGGAAUUCAAGGACAACCUGGACCCCCAGGAAUUUGUGAUCCAUCGUUAUGUUUUAGUGUAAUUGUAGGAAGAGAUCCAUUUAGAAAGGGCCCGAACUAUUAAUUUUAAAUGAGUUAGUCCAUGAAAUAGGUAUGGUGCUUGUCUUUUAUGGUCUUUCAAGUCUCAGGAAGAUGACCAGAAAUAAUCCCUUAAACAGGAACAAAAGUACCUCUGGUUUGGUAAAGCAAUAAAGAUCGCAAAGGUUAUACAUUCCAUUUUAAAAGAAUCUUGAUUCAUAUUGGGCCUUUAGGUGCAUAACUAGCAUUGAUUAAAUAUCAAGGGUUUUCAGAGAGACAGUCAAUUUUAUCAUGAAUAAAAUUAACCAUGACAUUUGAUUUUUAGUAUUUAAGUGCCCACUCAUACUCCUGCUUCCAUUGAAGUCCAUUAACAUUGCUAGACAACUUCUGUUGACUGUAAUGGGAGCAGGAUCGGGCGCUAAAUGUUUAUUGAUCAGGUGUAAAUCACUGUGAAAAAUGUUUCACAUUUAGCCUACAUAUACAGUAAUUGAUUUUGAAAGAAAGUGUCUAGCUGUUACUUCAUAUGUGUGUGAAUUUCAUUGGUUUAUGUACAUUUAAUAUUUUAUAGCUCAAGGCUUUCCAUUAGCAAAAGCAUGUGUCUGAUUUUUACAACAUUGAGAGAAAUGUUUGGCUUUUUUAUGCCAGUAAUUUCACCCAAUCUAUCUUCAAUUAAUUUAUCUAAAGGUCAGCAUGAAAUGGAAUCGUAAUUUAUCUAAGGACCAGGGUGAAAUGGAAUGCGGCUGAGAUUUCACCCCAGAAUGACACAUUCUAACUAAAGAAACAAAAUGAGUUAUAAAUUAACUGAUAUUAAAAAUUGCAUUAUUUUAAAAAUAAACCUUAAUUUGUUUGCAACUACAGUCUACCAAGGUUGAAAAUCAGUUUUUCACAACAAAGUUUAACAAUCUUAAUACGUUCAGUAAAAUUACAGAUCUAGCUCCAUCCCCUUUGCUGUGCUCCACAAGGACUGUAGGUGUCAAACAUAAAAAAAAGGAUUACAAGAAAGGUCUUUGUGUUUGCUAACUAACUGCAAUGUUUGUUAUGUUGCUUUGUUUUCCAUUUUAAGCAAGACAUCUGUAUGCUAAUUUUCAUUGUAUGCAACACUAGCAAGAAGGUAUUUCUUGCAUUCUAAGUAAAAAAACAAUUGCACGGUUCCCAUUAGAAUUUGAGUACAUUUUUAAAUUAAUGCAGAGAAUCGUUGUAUUGCACUUAACCAAAGCUUUAUAUGACUUUUUUGAUGUGUUGUUUUUCAGUUGUCGUGCUACAAAAAUUUGGUAGAAAGCUUGACAUUCAAGGUAAAAUAAAAUUUUGUAGAGACUUGGUGGUGAUGUGAUGAAUAAAUGCAAGGAUUUUUUAAUUGGCUGUGCUCUGUGAUAGCACAACAGAAUAUAUAUUAUUCUCCUAGGGUAGGUAUUUAUACCUGGGGGCUGCUCUUCUAUUUGGUAUCCUUCCAUCUUUUCUAAACAAAACCCAAAACAGAAAACCCUCUAAAAACAAGAACAAAUCUCUCACUCCCCCUCUCCCACCCUCGAAAUCCCCAAAUCCAUCUAACCAUGUAGAACCUGAAUGUCAUACACUGAUUACUCCAUGAGCAUUCACACUGACUUCAGUAAGACCAUCUGUGGAAUUAGGUACUAUUCAUUGUCAAUAAGGGUACCAGAAUCUGUCCCAUAGAAAUGGCAUAAUUCCAUAUGUUAUUAAAACCCUAAUUUUAGUAUUUGAGUGCCCAAUUAAUUUGUCAACUUUCAGGUUUUUUAUAUUAAUAUCCUCAAACGCUAUGUUUUUUCAGUAAAAACAAUGAGGAGUCCUUG